ACCCUCCUGUCAGACUGAAGUUAGCGUUAGUGAACGACAACAAGCUAACGACGUCAGCCCUGCAACCAGCCUGAGAUACACUAUUCUGCAGCGCUGUGUUCAGACAGCCGAGCGACACCUGAAACAAUUGUGGAAAGUCAGCUGUAAUUUAUAUAGUUACAUCCACUGGCUUCGUUCCUGCACCCUCAACAAUGGCUGAUCCUAAAUACGCCAAUUUGCCAGGAAUCGCCUCAAACGAGCCCGAUGUGUAUGAGACCAGCGACCUUCCAGAGGAUGACCAGGCACAGUUUGAGUCGGAAGAGCUGUGCAGUGACAGUGUGGAGAGGAUCGUGGUCAAUCCCAAUGCAGCGUACGACAAGUUCAAGGACAAGAGGGUCAGCACCAAGGGACUGGACUUCUCAGACCGCAUCACCAGGAGCAGGAGGGUGGGAUAUGAGUCUGGGGAGUUUGAGAUUCUGGCGGAGGGUUGUGGGCUGAAGGAGACCCCCCAGCAGAAGUACCAGCGUCUGGUCAACGAGAUCCAGGAACUCAGCCAGGAGGUGGAGAACAUCCAGGCCACCACUAAAGAGAGCAGUGCAGAGGAGAAGCUGACCCCGGGUGUUCUGGCCCAGCAGGCCGCCCGGCUGAAGCAGCAGCUGGUGUCCGCUCACCUGGACUCCCUGCUGGGGCCCCAGGCUCACAUCAACCUGGCCGACCCCGACGGAGCACUGGCCAAGCGCCUGCUGACCCAGCUGGAGGCGGCGAGGGGGUGUCGUGUGGGGGGGCCCGGGGAGGCCAAGGCCCCGGCAGCACGGGGGCCAGAUGGGGUGGUCCUGUACGAGCUCCACAGCCGGCCAGAGCAGGAGAAGUUCACAGAGUCUGCCAAGAUGGCAGAGCUGGAGAAACGUCUAGCUGAGCUGGAGACUGCUGUUGGCUCCGGAUCAGACAAACAGGGCCCUCUCAGUACUGGAGUUCAAGGAGCCAGCCUGAUGGACACCAUGGAGCUGCUGCAGGCCCGGGUCAGUGCUCUGGACUCGGCCACUCUCGACCAGGUGGAGGCCAGACUGCAGAGCGUUCUGGGGAAGAUGAACGAGAUCGCCAAGCACAAGGCUGCCAUCGAGGACGCUGACACCCAGAACAAGGUGUCCCAGUUGUACGACACGGUCCAGAAGUGGGACGCCAUGGCAACCUCCCUCCCUCAGGUGGUCCAGAGGCUCAUUGCUGUCAAAGAGCUGCACGAGCAAGCCAUGCAGUUUGGCCAGCUGCUGACCCACCUGGACACGACUCAGCAGAUGAUCAACAACUCUUUGAAGGACAACGGCACACUGCUGACUCAGGUCCAGCACACCAUGAAGGAGAACCUGCAGUCCGUCCAGGAGAACUUCUCUGCUCUGGACCAGAGGAUGAAGAAGCUGUCCAAGUAACUGUGUGUCUCCAGUCCACCAGGAGAGAGGAGCAGUAGCCUCCUUCUCCUCCGCCUUGGUCACCAAGAGCGGAGGAGUUAACAUUUGGAAGUUAACGGGGAGGGGGGGGGUUGAUCAAAAACAGAGACCAAAUGUUCUUAUUAUUAAAGCUACACCCUCUCACUCCUUUUCGAUUUGAUAUCCACCCAUCGAUGCGUCACUCUCUCACUAUACUGUAAACACGCCACUUCUGUUCCCCUCAUGCUUGUUUUAGUCUGUGUUCCCCUGAGGCUCCUCCCACUUCCUGCCCAUGCCCCUCCCCUGACCCCCCCGCCUCGUGUGUUCAGAGGACGGAGAGGCUGAAGGAGAGGCUGAAGGAGAGGCUAAAGGAGAGGCUGCUCUCUCACACUGGAGCGAGACUGUCUUGUCUGUCACCAUGCACAAACGCCAACACCUGCUCUCUCAGACCGAGAGUCUUAGGCUGUCUGUGUUCCUGGACGGUGUGUCAGGGCAAGCCACUAACGGGAGCUUGUAAAUACGCCUGCGUACCUUAAAUGUGUCACUUGGUCUCUUGUAUCUAAUGUAUUAUUAUGACUGGGAGGGGGAACGCCACAGGAAAACUUUUAAUCUGCGUUGUCGGACUGUGUUGGAGCUCUGUGGAAAUGAAAUAAAACAUGCUUUAAACAA